AUGGCGGCGAUCGGUGUGCACUUGGGGUGCACGUGUGCGUGUGUGGCCGUGUAUAAGGAUGGUCGUGCUGAUGUGGUGGCCAAUGAUGCCGGUGACAGAGUGACACCUGCUGUUGUUGGAUUCUUGGAAAAUGAAGUGAUUGUUGGCUUGGCAGCAAAACAGAGCAGAGUGAGAAAUGCAGCAAACACUAUUGUGAAAGUGAAACAGAUAUUGGGGAGAAGCUUUGAAGACCCACAGGCUCAAAAGCACAUCUCUGAAAGCAAAUGUUCAAUAGUAGAUAAAGCAGGAAAACCAAAGUAUGAAAUAGAUACAGGAGAAACUGUGAAAUUUGUAAGCCCAGAAGAUGCUGCUAAACUUGUCUUCAGUAAAAUGAAAGAAACUGCACAGUCAGCUUUGGGAUCAGAUGUCAAUGAAGUGGUUAUCACGGUUCCUUUUGAUUUUGGCUCAAAUCAGAAAAAGUCUCUUGGGGAGGCAGCAGCAGCUGCUGGAUUUAACAUUUUGCGUAUGGUUCAUGAACCAUCCGCUGCUCUCUUGGCAUAUGGUAUUGGGCAGGACUCACCUACUGGUAAAAGCAAUGUAUUGGUGUACAAAUUAGGAGGUACGUCAUUAUCUGUCACUGUGAUUGAAGUUAACAGUGGAAUUUAUCGUGUUCUUGCUACAAAGACUUAUGACGACAUUGGAGGUAUAUGUUUUACAGAAGCUCUUGCUCAAUAUCAGGCAUCUGAAUUUCAGAGGUUAUACAAGCAUGAUAUAAAAGGAAAUGCUCGAGCAAUGAUGAAACUUAUGAACAGUGCUGAUACAGCUAAACACUCCCUAUCGACUUUAGAAAGUGCUAAUUGUUUUGUGGAUUCAUUAUAUGAUGGCAUUGACUUUGAUUGCAGUAUUUCCAGGGCUCGGUUUGAGCUAAUUUCUUCCUCUCUGUUCAAUCAGUGCAUGGACCCAAUUAAAAAGCUUUUGGAAGAGGUUGAAUUUAAAGCUACUGACGUGAAUCAGGUAGUGCUAUGUGGAGGAUCUGCUCGUAUCCCAAAAUUGCAGCAAUUAAUUAAGGACUUAUUUCCAGACGUGGAAUUGUUAAACAGCAUACCUCCUGAUGAGGUCAUUCCCAUUGGAGCUGCCAUAGAAGCUGGAAUUCUGCUUGGUAAAGACAAUCUAUCCACAGAACUGGACUCCAUUACCAUUGAGUGCUCUGCCAGCGAUAUACUGAUGAAGGAAGCUGAUGAGUCUGGAGCUGAGAAGUUCACCUUGUUGCUGCCUUCAGGAACACCACUUCCUGCUCGUAGGCAGCACACACUACAGGCAUCGGGAAGCAUCACCUCCGUGUGUUUGGAGUUGUACGAGUCUGUUCCUAAAUCAAAAAUAUAUCAGACAGCAGUAAAUUUGCACAAGUAAGUAAAUGCAGCAUAUAGUGCAAUACAAAGACAUGAAAGAUGUCUCUUCUCUGGUACUUUAGCUUACGAGAGAUGGAUCAUUACAUGUAACUUGCACUGACAAAGACACUGGAAAGUUUGAGAUGAUUACAGUAGAAGAGUCGUCAUAA